UAUGCCUGAGACUGUUAAAAUGACCUCCUCAUUGUCUGCGUAUACGAUUGGUGGAGUGAAAAUUCUGUUUCCAUGUAAAGCAUAUCCAUCGCAGCUAGCUAUGAUGAAUUCAAUCAUAAGAGGACUGAACUGUAAGCAGCACUGUUUGUUGGAAAGUCCUACCGGAAGUGGGAAAAGCCUAGCAUUGCUAUGCUCAGCCCUGGCGUGGCAGCAGUCCUUAUAUGAAAAGAAAGAAGAUAAUGGAGCAUGUGAAAAAGCAUUGAAGAAUAAAGAAACUGCAUGUUGCUGCUCCUGUCAUUCAAAGAAAAUAGAUCACAAUGUUCCUCCCUCAAUCUCAAAUGGAAGAAGGGAAUCCUUCACCUAUGAAGUCUCCUCAUCUAGCCCUGAGUCGGCAAGUGAAAAAAAAACAUUAGCUUCAAAACUAUGUGCAAAGAAACAGGCAUCUUUACCUGCAGAUCAGGAUGAUGAUUUCCAAGUUACCAGGAAAAGAAUCAGACAGCUACAAAAUGAACCACAGGGACGUAAACGGCGCUGUUUUGAGAAAGGUGUACAAUUUAUUGAUGAUGAUGAAAACAGUCUGGGAUCAGAUGAGCAUCCGAUAAAGAAAGAUGAUAUGGACAUGUAUUCAGAAAGACAUACAGCAGUUUGUAAUCAGGCACCCAUAUCAUGUAAGCUUUGCAACUGUGAUCAAAAUAAAGAUCAGAACAGAUUUGAUGAAAAUAGUAAGACAAAGGAAAAUGGAGAGAAGCCGAGGGUGCCCAAAAUAUUUUUUGGUACCAGAACACAUAAGCAAAUAUCUCAGAUAACAAAGGAGUUGAAAAGGACAGCAUACUCUAGUGCUCGGAUGACCAUCCUUUCUAGUAGAGAUCACUCUUGCGUUCACCCGGACAUCCAGAGUAACAGGAAUGAAAAAUGCAAGGAAUUAUUAGAAGCAAAGGAUGGAAUUACAUGUCGCUACUAUCACGGCACCCAAAAAAUGAGUGAACAGAAUGUGCUACAGUUCAGACUAGGAAUUGACCAGGCUUGGGAUAUUGAAGAGAUUGUAGGAUUGGGCAAAAGACUUCGUGCAUGUGCUUAUUUUGCUGCACGUGAAUUAAUGAAGGAGGCUGAUAUCGUUUUCUGUCCUUACAACUAUCUUUUGGACUCACAAAUAAGAGAAAGUAUGGAAAUCAACUUGAAAGAUCAAGUGGUAAUCUUGGAUGAAGCACACAAUAUUGAGGACUGUGCUCGUGAGUCUGCCAGCUUCAGUAUGACAGAAGCCCAGAUAAAGUUUGCUCGAGAUGAAAUGGACAGCAUGGUGAACCAUGGCAUCAGAAAAAGUGACCAUGAACCUCUCAGGGCUGUGUGUUACAGUUUGACAAAUUGGAUAAGAGAAAGCUCUAGUCAGUUGGUAGAAAGAGAAUAUGAAUCAUCGUCUAAAGUAUGGAAUGGUAAAGAAGUUCUUGCAAUUUUUCAUGACAUGGGCAUAACAAAUGCUACGUUUCCAGUUCUUAAGGGAAAUCUUGCUGCAGUUGUUGAAAAGGAAGAAAAAAGAACUUAUUUGAAUGGCCAAGAAAAUGUUGUAAAGAUUCCCACAGUUAGCCCUCAAACACAAAUGGUAUUGGCAGGAUUGUUUAUGGUACUUGAUUAUCUAUUUCGCAACAACAACAGAUUUGCAGAGGAUUAUAGAAUUGCUUUACAGCAAUCCUACACAUGGACAAAUAGACAAGAUAUCCCAGAUGAAAAUGGAUUUUUUGCACGACCUAGAAGCAGAAGAAAUAUUCGACAGAGAACUAUGGUUUAUUCACUGAAUUUCUGGUGUUUGAACCCUGCUGUGGCAUUUUCUGAUCUAAGUGGCAGUGUUCGCACAAUUGUUCUAACAUCUGGUACCUUGUCUCCGAUGGGAUCAUUUUCAUCUGAACUAGGUGUAAAGUUUUGUAUUCAGCUGGAAGCAAGCCAUGUUAUUCAUAAAUCCCAGGUGUGGGUUGGCACAGUUGGUGCAGGACCAAAAGGCCGCAAGCUUUGUGCAACAUUUCAGCAUACAGAGACCUUCGAUUUUCAAGAUGAGGUUGGAGCCCUUUUACUAUCUGUGUGCCAAACUGUGAGCCAUGGAGUGCUCUGUUUCCUGCCGUCCUACAAGAUGCUGGAGAAAUUGAAAGAUAGAUGGAUGCACACUGGGUUGUGGGAAAAUUUGGAAAUGAUCAAGAUAGUCAUUACAGAGCCACAGGGAGGAGACAAAACUGACUUCGACCGGUUACUGCAGACAUAUUAUAAUGCAAUACGAUAUAAGGGGGAAAAAGAUGGUGCACUACUUAUGGCGGUCUGCAGAGGCAAAGUAAGUGAGGGAUUGGACUUUUCUGAUGACAAUGCGCGAGCUGUUAUAACUAUAGGAAUUCCCUUUCCUAAUGUGAAAGACCUGCAGGUUGAACUUAAGAGAAAAUACAAUGAUCAACAUUCAAAAAGUAGGGGACUUCUGCCUGGCAGCCAGUGGUACGAGAUUCAAGCAUACAGAGCUCUCAACCAAGCACUGGGAAGGUGCAUUCGACAUAAGAAUGAUUGGGGUGCCCUGAUUUUAGUUGAUGAUCGAUUCAGAAAUAAUCCUAAAUACAUUACUGGGUUGUCAAAGUGGGUUCGGCAAUUAGUACAGCACCACUCCACCUUCAGUGGUGCCCUGGAGUCUUUAAUAACAUUUUCUAAGAGCCAGCAGCAGAGAAUGCUUUUGCAGAGCACACCUUGUGAUGAGUCUCUUAGCGAGGCAUCAACUUCUAUCAGAGCUUUCUCCACAAGUACCUCAUUGAUGGAUCUCACUAUUCAUCCUUCUGAAAGCAUUCUAGAAUCUACCCAAGAGAGAACUUCACUGCAGAAUGCUGUUUAUCAGCGAGUACUGGACACAGUUCCAUCCAGUUCCACUCACCCAUUAUCUGUUGAAGAAAUCAGAGGCAAAAAUGAAUUUACACCUGGAUUUGGGAAACGAACAAGCCCUCUGAAUACAAAGCCUAAAACAGACCAGGCCUCUUCAAGCAACAAUCUUUCAUGCAGCACACUGAAAAAGCUAAAUACAAAUAACACUAAACAAAGGACUUCUUUCUAUAAUUAUUUCACUAGUAAACCUCUAACUUCAACACCUGUACAUGGUCCUUCUAUAAAAAGUGCCUUUUCAGAGAAUAACCUGAAACACUGCAGUAACUGGGAUCCACAUACAGACAAAUAUCUCAAACCAACUAUUUCAGACACACAAUCUCUGCUAUCUGAUGGACCACUUAUAUCCUUAAUACCAGAUAACAGCGAUGACCUCCCAGAAAGCAUGUGUAAUGCUAUUCCACUUUUCCAUAAUGACGUAAAUGUCAGUGUUAUUUCAGUGCAAGAGGAAACACCUUAUGCUGAGUUACCUGAAGAAGAAAAUGGUGCUGAUGAUACUAUACAUUUUACUCCAGAACUGUUUGAUGAGGAACAUGAACUGUCGAAUACUGAGACAGAUGAACUUAAAAAUCUGCUACCAGACAGUUUUAAAGAUGAAUGUGAUGAGGAUAAACAUGAAAACAAUGUUGCACCUGAGCUAGUUGAAACUAAUGUAACCACACAUACAAACAGUUUGACAACAUAUACAGACAGGGCAGGAACAGUUAAUUUAUCAGGUACAGAUAAGCUGGCCCAGAGUGACAUUUGUCCAACUGGUGCAGAAAACAGCAAUGGACAAUCUGCUACACUAGAGAUUGCCAAGCAACUGGAGGAAAAAGAGAGGAAAAAGCGUAGACUUUCAAGAUCAAAAAAUAGAGGUGUGUCUUCCUUUUUUAAUCAAGUCAGUUAGUUUUUGUAUUUAAUUACUAUUAAUAGAUUUUGAAGCAUAUCAAGUUGUACAACUUGCAUAAUUCUUCUUACAAUAUUUUUUUACAAGGCAAGAUCACAUUUAUUCCUUCAACAUUUAUAUCAUGUGGUUAAAAAGAAGAUGUUUUAACCAGGGGCUCAGAUUGUUGAUUUUCAAAAUCUAUGAACUUCUGAUAACCUAUUUAUUUUGGUUGUCUCUGGUGAACUGGAAGACAUAUUACAUUGCUUGCAUACAUUAAAUAUUCCAGUUGUGUUUUGUCCUAAUACCUUAAGACACACAGACAAAACGUCUUAAAGAAAUUCAAGUUGAGGAGGCUUGUUAUUUGCUUAGCAGUUCAAUCCUAUAGAGCUAGGUCCACCUACCAGUUUUUGAGGGCCAAAGUUAAAGGGCAAUAAUAGUUGAAAAAUAAAAUGCUCGAAUUCAUUAGACUAUUGACCCUACACUGUUUUGUGACUAGCGCUACUGAUUGGAUCAGCGACGGGUUCUGCUUGGAACAAGCAGUGCUCUGUGGGUCCUGAGUGGCACUUCUAUUGUACAUUUAACUCCUUUCUGGGGGUUAAACACACAGCAGUGUAUAGUAAACAGUCUUAAAAUGACAUGCUCUAAUUAGAACCUGUACAUUUUUGACUAUUAUGACCCUUUAACCUUGGCCCUCAAGAACUGGUAGAUGGACCUGGCUUUUCAUUAAUGUUUGUUUAAGCAAUAACAAUCAGUGUGAAUAUAUUAUAAAUGAAGGUUGCGUGGUUUUAUGCAACUUGUUAGUUCUGACAUUGUAAACAAAGUGCACUAAAACUGUCUGAUAUGUAAGGUGGUAUCUAGAACCCAGAGUCUGGGAAGGAAAUCAGAGAAAACUAGACUUUGUGUCCACUGUAGCUUAUAUUACAAUAAAAUAAUACAAUAAAGGCACACUGAUUUCUUAUACAUAUGAUAUAAAGCAUACUGCAAUGUGUAAUAUAUUUUAUAAUAGUUGUGAAUAACUGAAAUAGUUUUAAUAGGGAGAGAUGCUGCAAAUUUAAUGUGUCAUAGUUAGUAGCUUUAAUGGGAAAGUAAAUGCAAGUAUAUAUAAGAUGUGCAAAAAUAUUUAUGUUUUGUGUUGGCAAAUCCUGCUUACAUUAACAAAAUUUUUCAGUGUAAUAUCUUACUUUACCAUUUAGUGUUCACUUAUGCUUUGCCCUUUCAUGAAGGGUUAAUAUGCUGCUACAACAAUUUUUAAUAAAAAUAUAAUCUUGUACAUUUGUGAAAUUAAGUAAUGUUAAAUAAUAAAAUACAUAUUUAGAAUUUUA